UCUCCAAUGAGGAAGCCUCUUGCCCCAUGUGUGAUUUCUCUGAGUGGCUGUUUCCUUUCUGUGCUUGCACAUCUGGUGUGCUGUGAGGAAGACAGCGGGGCUGAAGCCUCAGUGCUGCCCUGAGAGCGUUGGCAGACAUGGCCCUGGGAUGGAUGUUUCUCCUGCUCCUUACACCUCUGUUAGCAGCACAGAGGCAGGAACUGCCGGACCUCAACACCUCUGGGGAACCCCAGGAAACAGGAGGAUGUAAAGCUCCCUCCAACUGGGACCUCAGGCUGCAGUUUACCCCAAACCGGAGCAGCUACGCCUUGAAUGAUUUGGUGGAGCUGAGCUGUCCUGGGGACUAUGUGCCAUCGGUCACCCAGAUCAGAUGCAUUUCCAGUGGUACCCAGACCCUGUGGAAUACGAAUGCCACCUGCAAGGAAAGAUGCCAGCACCCCCUGUGGGAUUCAGAACUCCGCUUUACACCAGAGCAGAAGUUUUAUGGGUUUAAUGAAGAGGUGACACUGAGCUGCUUUAAGAGAGAUGCUCCUCCCUUUGCUGUGAUCAGAUGUAAAAACGAGACGUUGCCACAUUUGAAGGAAACUUGGGAGGUGAACAUUCAGGGAACAUGGCAUGGGGUUACAGAGAACUUGACCUGCAGCAUAGGAAGUUGCCAAAAACCAAAAGUCAAAGUCCAAAAAUCAAUACAGUUUAAUCCAAACCAAAAGAUUUACGGACUGAAUGAAGAACUGAGGAUGAACUGCUCUAAAGAGCAGCAUCCACCCGGCAUCCAUCACGUGCCAUCGUUCCAUAAGGUCAAAUGUGCAAAGAGAGUUGUGAACGUGAGACACGGAAAACCAGUCUAUAGAAAUUCCUGGUGGGCCUGGAACAGCACAAGUGCCUGGAUACUAUUUGAGGAAGCCGUAAAGUGUAUUGAAAUGUGCCAAAGGCCCCAGUGGAAAUCAAGACUCAGGCUGACACCAGACCAGGAGAAUUACAAGAAGGACGAAGAAGUGAUGCUGAGCUGCCCUGAGGGUUUCCAGCCACCCUUCACCAAAGUCAAAUGUUUGAUCAGCAAUGGGAAACCUUCAUAUACAGACCCAUGGUUAGGAAAGGACAGCAGAGGUGACUGGAUCAACGUUGAAUCCAGCUUGGAGUGCAUCGAGGUCCUCCAGGUUGUCCCCGAGUCCUUGCACAUUUCCAGCACCAGCAUCAAACUGAACUGGACCUGCAGGCUCUCUGAAGCCUGCCAGAAUAUUCAGGCCAGCUGCCAGCCAGAAAAGGAUUACUCCUCCCCCUGGGAGGCUGAGGAGGUGGAGGGAGAGGAGAUACUGCAAGGCCAGGAGGGAACAUUCACCUGUUCCUCUCUGCAGCCCUUCACUGUCUACAGUGUCAACAUCUUCCUGCCUCCCAGCACGAUCCUGUACACGCGGCUCCUUAGGACAAAGGAAACAGUGCCAGACAAACCAGAGGAGCUGUGGCUGGAUCCCAGCACGGGGUCCCUCAGGUGGAAGGCGCUGUCCUCCUGCAAUGGGGACAUCAUCGGAUACCAGCUGAACAUCACAGCCUGGAGCACACGGGACGGUGGGUACCUGGAGGUGGAGCGGCUGCGGCUGAGCGGCUCCGUCACUGAGCACCCGCUGCCUGAGCACUGGCCCAGGAGCAGCUUCGUGGUGACACUGCGAGGGCUCACGGCUGCUGGAGCGGGGGCUGCAUCGCGGUGGGAGUUUGCACCCAGCAGCUCAGACACUGCACAGCCUCUUGACAUCAGCUGCACCAGCGUGCGAGACGUCUCCCCAUCGCGAGGGACGGCCGUGCUCCCGCUCCGCCCCAUUGCUGUGCUCCCCGAGGAGGACAGGCAGCACCAGCUCAUCGUGGUCGCCGCACAUAACGGCACGGUGCUGGAAGGCGUCUGCUCGGGGCAGCCGCAGCCCUUCAACGCCAGCCAGCCGCCCGACACCUACGUGGCCGCCGUGCUCAACCUCUCGGCCCCCAUGGACUUUGUGCUGGGUGAUGGGGCCCACGGGCAGGGCUACCGCAACGCAGCCCUGCAGCCAGGACGGCACUACACGGCCCUUCUCCGCCGCGCCCGCCGCUCACAGCAGGCAGAGAAGUUCACCUGUGUCUGCUACAGCGUCUCUGUUGGGCAGGAGCCAGUGCCUCCGCUGGACAGGAUACCCAUGGUUACAGCAGUAGCGCUGAUCAUUGUACUCCUGGCACUGGGGAUUUUGCUGCUUUUCGUGCUCUUCAGGCAAAGGUACAACAGUUCAGAAUCUUCAGACAACAACAGUGCUAUUCCCCUGAGAAGACCUCGAGGAGGUGUGAGUAAGCUGAACACACAAAUCCCAGUGGAGGAACUGCUGGAGGCUCUGAAGAGGUUUAAGAGGGCAGAACUAGAGGCAGAGCUGACAGAGGAUGAAGCGGUUGACAAGCAUGAUGUCGGGCGCCUGAGGGAAUAUCAGCAACUGUCCUCCACUUUAUUGCAUCCCUGUGAUGCCGGGAAGGAACUGUGUAAUCAGAGCAAGAACCGCUACAAGAGCAUCAUUCCAUACGAUCACUGCCGCGUGGUGCUGCAGCCCUCUGACGUGGGGAAUGGUUACAUCAACGCCAGCUACGUGGAUAGCUAUCGGAGUCCACGCCUCUUCAUUGCAGCUCAAGGCCCCUUGCCUGGGACAGUGGUGGAUUUCUGGCAGAUGGUCUGGCAGGAGAAGACCUCAGUCAUUGUGAUGCUGACGGGCUUAGUGGAGCAGAACAAGACCAAGUGUGAGCAGUAUUGGCCAGAGGAGGAGCAGGUCUACGGGGAUUUCACCGUGACACUCAACAACACCAGGACCACCACAGGCCUGGUCACACGCAUCUUCUGCCUGCAGAAGGCAGGCUGUGCUCUCCCAAGAGUGGUGGAGCAGUUUCACUACCUGCUGUGGCCAGACCACGGGGUCCCCAGAAACCCUGCCCAGCUCCUGUGCUUAGUGGAAAUGGUGAACAAGAGGAUUUUGGAAGUGCCUUCUGGACCCGUGCUGGUGCACUGCAGCGCAGGGAUUGGGCGCACAGGUACCUUCAUCGCCCUGGACUUCCUGCUGAAGAUGGCAAAGGCUGAGGGGAAGGUGGAUGUGUUUCAAUGUGUGCAGAGGCUGCGGGAGCAGCGGGUCAGCAUGGUGCAGACCAAGGAGCAGUACACCUUCCUGUACGAGGUGCUGCUCGAAGGCUUGCUCUGCAGCAGCACCAGGGUCCCAGUGGAGAGCUUUGCCAGCCAUAUGCGCUGCCUACGAGAAGCUGAGACCUCACGGCACAACAUCCUUGAGAAGGAGUUUAAGGCAGUGCAGAAGUUUUCUGAGUUGUUCCAGCUCCUGCCGUGCAGAGAAGCGGAGAAGCCCAGCAACCAGCCCAAGAACCGCAAGCCAGGGAUCCUGCCAGCGGAUUCCUGCCGGCCCAUCCUGAUGUCCUCGCUGAAUGCAGAUGGCUCACCAGGCUACAUCAACGCUGUGUUUGCCAAUACCUACGCUGAGGAAGAAAGGCUCAUUAUCACCCAGCUGCCUUUUGCCACCACACUGGUGGAUUUCUGGGCUCUAGUCUGGGAUUACACCUGCACAUCAGUGGUUGUGCUGAACCAGCUUGAGGAACUGGACCAGACACACGUGGAGUUCUGGCCCACGAAGGGCGCAGCUGCCUACGGCCGUUUCCAUGUCCACCUGAUCUCAGAGGAGCCUGGGACCGCCUUCACAGCCUGGACUCUUGCCCUCACCAACAGGCAGCAGCCCAAGAAGUCUGCACUGGAAGUUUGUUUCUGGCAACUGAGGGACUGGCCCAUGCAGCAGCGCCUUCCUCCACACCCUGCCACCAUCAUCAGCCUCCUGGGGAAGGUGGAGACACACCAUCGGCAGAGCCAAGACGGGCAUAUCCUCGUCACUUGCUGUGAUGGUGCCAGCCGGAGCGGGGUCUUCUGUGCUGCCAGUUUCCUGUGUGAGCAGAUCCAAAGCGAGGGGCUGGUGGAUGUAUCCCAGGCUGUGAGGAUGCUGAAGAGGCGGCGCAGGCAGCUGAUUAAAGAUGUGGAGCAGUAUGGGCUCUGCUACGAACUUGCCCUCAGUUAUUUGAAUUCAUUUGAAACCUAUGGGAAUUUCAAGUAGAAGCAUGGACACAGCUCAUCUCUGGCCAGGACUUUCACUCUCUUGACAGCCCUCCAUCAGUAACUGUAGAAACCAGAGGAGACAAGAUGGGUGUGCGUGACCCCAAGAUACUUUUCUCUACAAAGUCACCUCAAGUGUCCUCUGUGGCUGGAAACACAGACUGGACUGUCUCCAAGUUGUGGUCAGGCUUUGAAGCAGGAACUUUAUCCCUUUCCCAGAAUUUGUGCAAGGAAUUUACCUAGAAUCACAGCCUGAGUACUCAGACCAGACGAGAAGCACUACAACUUGACCUGUCUGUGUCAGGGAUGAAGAGAACCAGCUGCCUCAUCUACAAUCCCUUGUCCCUUCAGGUAACACCAGGGAAAGUGGGGCAGCUCUACCAACACUCAAAUUGUGUCUUGCCAGGGAGCAUCAAACCACUAUAAGAUCCACAAGGCUCAGAAACACAGGCUAUCUGCCCUACUUUGGGAGAAGCAUGAAGCCCAAGGUCAACAAGAGCAAGGGGAUGAACAAUCCCUAGUCCUGUAGUACCAACCUAGAACUUCACAGAAUCACAGAAUGGUAGGAAUUGGAAGGGACUUACAAAGAUCAUCUAGUCCAACAACCCUGCUCAAGCACGUCCACCUAGAUCAGGUCACACAGGAACACAUCCAGGUGGGUUUGGAAACCUCCAGAGAAGGAGACUCCACACCCUCCCUGGGAAGUUUGUGCCAAGGCUCCGUCACCUCUCAGUCUCCUCUUCCCCAGGCUGAACAGUCCUAGGUGAUACAGCCUUUCUUCUAUGGAAGAUGUUCCAUACCCCUGAUCAUCUUGGUGGCCCUGCGCUGGACUCUCUCCAGCACUUCCCUGUCCCUCUUGAGCUGAGGAGCCCAGAACUGGACACAGGACUCCAGAUGAGGCCUCACCAGGGCAGAGGAGAGGGGGAGCAGAACCUCCCUCGACCUGCUGCCCACACUCUUUUUGAUGCAUCCCAGGAUGCCAUUGGCCUUCUUGGCCACGAGGGCACAUUGCUGGCUUAUGGUUAGUUUACCAUCAACCAGGACUCUCAGGUCCCUCCCAACCCACACCCUGGAGCUCUGUCUCCCUGCUGCUGAUCCACAUGCCACAGACCUGCCAGGUCCAGAGAGGCUCCCUCACCAGCCUGUCUGGGGCCACCAUAGCAAUCCCAGCUUGUAGUGACUCAACUUGGAAAUCCUGGAUAUGGUUUCGGCAGGGGCUGCUGCACCACCAAGACUGGUUCUGCUUUUGCUGCUCAAGGUCAAGAGGCCUCAGGGCCAGGACUGGCCCCAUGGCUCUGUUCUAUGUCUCACCAAUAAAGACUCUGU